AUGGGAAACGGUCGCUUUGCUGCAGGUGACGCGGACGACGUACUGCUGCGGCCACCGUUCCGGCCGGCGCCACGGACAGCCCCGCCGGAUGACGCGGACCAAGUGGUGCCGGCGAGCCCCCGGCCGGCGCGAGACGCCACGGUGCCAUUCUGCUACGGUGGGCGCCUUCCCGCCUCCAUCUACUAUGCAACGGGGACUCGUGUGACGAGGCCGCAGUGCGCUGCCGGCCUGGUGCUGCCCGAUAUCCUAAACGACGUGGCGGGAGCUUCCCCGUCACCCCCGGCCCCGGACGCGGAAUCAGAGUCAGAACCGGACGUUGAGACUGAUGCAGAAGCUCCGGAGCUGGGCGUGGGGCGUGACGUCGUCACGGGCAUUCUGUACAACAUUGUGAGACAGUCUACCAGUGGUCAGAGUUCGCACCAGUCACCGACAGAAGACACGGCAAUGGAGGCGGAGGAACCCGCAGAGACAGAGGAGCAACCUACGGAACCGGAAGAUAGGCCAACAGAUCCGGAAGAUCGGCAAGUGGAACCGGAAGAGGAGCCGACGGAACCAAAAGAGCGACCAUCGGAACUGGAGGAGGGACCGGCAGAGGCAGAGGACGGACCGGUGGAAGCAGAAAUGGAAGACCCGAUGCCCCUCUCACCGUCACCGGCCGCUGGUGCUGAGGGCGCAGGUGCAGUACCUGAGGAAGAGCCUGUCAGUGUAAUGCUGUCCGAGAAGGAAGAUCGGGAGCAAGAAACUGAGACUGAGACCGAGGAGGGAGCGGCACAGAGUAAUGCCGAGGAGGUGGUGCGAGGCGUCGCUGAGGAGGAUUCCACAGGUAUGCCAGACUGUUCAGUUUUAGUGGCUACCAGUAUGCUAGUAUUAUAA